AUGCGCAGUCAAAUAUGUAAAUUGAUGAUAGAUGAUUUGAAUGGAAUAAAACUUUGUGCAGAAAUAUUUGCAUUAAAUUCAGAAAUUUUGCAAAUAUUAAAACAGGUGAGCAAUAAAAAGUUUCAGAAGAAAUGUGAAGAAACAAAUGAAAAGCAAUCAGUGAUUGUUGUCGAAAAAAACCCACAGGCGCCAAUGUCAUUAGUAGUAAAAGAUUUAAACCAUUCUGCUAAGAGCAGAACCACAAUUUCUUCAAGCAAAUUACAGUUACAUGGCGCCGAUUCUCGCAUAUCACAACCUCUCAGUGAUCCUAAUCCUCGUACAGUGCCCUCAGAUCAAUCACAUGAAAAACCUCUCAAAAGUGCGGAACAGAUUUUAAAAAUAGAAUCUACUUUACAUGACGAAGAAAGAAAAUCAAAAAAAGACGAGCAAGAUAAGAAACUUCCAGAAGAACAGCUACAGUUGAUGGAUGAAGCACUUGCUGAGAAAACGAGUCAUUCUUUAGAAGAAAAAAGUGAUCAUUCGAUAACUGGCGUAAGUGAUGAAGAGGAAAGCGUAAGCGAUGAAGAGGAGAUACCUUAG